AUGGCGCGAAAGCAUAAAAUAGUAGCGGUCGUAUUGUUGCUUAUAGCGCUAGUGAUAGGGACGUGCAUUGCAAUAAUAAGCUCUGCAAAGCUGGACAACAAGGAAAUGCAUGCUGACGAGAGUUCAUCUGUGUAUGAGUCAGAUCUACAUGAUUGCAGAUAUAAUUUGAUACAUAAUACAAAAAUAGAUAAUGAAAAUGCAAAUGCAAAACCAUUCAAUCUGUACAGAAACAUUGAGGAAGAAUACAGCAUAGAAGCGAGAGAAAAUCCAGAAUGCAGGGAGAGCCAUCAAGAGAUACCUGAUAAAUAUCCUGAUUGUCAAUCAGAGAAUCAUACAUCCGAGAUGGCUUGGGAGGAUCAAUUAAUAUCAAGAAGGAAUCGACUGAUUUCAUUUAAUACAAGCAAAGGCACGUACGGAGAAUUUCUAUUCGUAAAGCUGCGAAGUGUUAUCAAAUCGAUUAUUAAUGCUAAACCAUCAGAAGAAAGAUGCAAAAUGCAUGGUAUUAGUUAUGAGCAAGGCACUCUUAUUUGUCAUUAUCUAAAGCAUUUACAGUUAUUUGUGCAGAAACCUAUGAUUGCAUACGAUGAUGCAUUGAAUCCAAUAGGAGUCUACGAUAUAUAUGCCACUGCGAUAGAUUGCUUUACAGGACAUAAACUUACACAAUAUCACAAAAAAAACAAAUUAAGCAAUUCAGAAUAUUCAUAUUUUGCAUACUUGCAAUCUUUUGUAGAUGAAAGAUUUGAUCGGAUCCUUGGAGCAUAUACAAAGAGUCCAAAUACAGAUAUAAGUCUUCGUAGCCAUAUUGUCUACGUAUUGCUUGAUUACAUAUGCAAUUUCUAUACAAAUGCAAAGAAAACACUCAAUCUUCUUCAGGCAAAGAUAGAUAUCGAGAAAAGAUAUGCAAAAGGAGAAGUCCCAAAUGGAUUCGAACAAUCAAGAAACUAUUUAUAUGAAGAUAUUUUCGAUACUGUCAGGCCAAUCCAUUUUGUCAAUAACAAUGCAGAGAUAGUAAAGCCAAGCCUGCUUUCUUGA